AAUGACAAUAGAGCACAAUACCAAUAGCAGAAGAAAGGCUUUUGGUGAUGUAUGGCCUUUGCAUGGCAUGGCAUGGCAGCAAGGCGUGUUGAAUCGACACCCCCCUUGGCCUUCAAACACCCCCAAACCCCACCAUCACGCGCCGAUUGCUCUUUGGAUGAGACCGAGGAGGAGGGUGAAGCCAAGUUGAGAAGAAGGUAAGCAGCUUCUUCUUUGGGCCCAAGCGUUGCAGACAAUCGUCCGCCGUGACGAGGGUCAUGAGGUAUCCGCACACACUCGCUGAGAGCGCGCACACAGAUGCUCCGGCAAACCGCACAUCUUCAGCAUCUGCCAUGGCACCCUACAGAAACUUUUCUGGAGUUGCUCGGCCCGCACAAAUCGAGAGACAAGGGAGACCAUGCACGCGCGCCAAGUGCCCGUCAUGUUGCUCUCCACAGAUGACAUUUUGCAUGCAACGCCACAGUAACUUACCACGUCAAAAUGAUUUGUUUCGGUAGUAUAUCGCAAGCAGUGGAUGCAAUGCCAGGGCACUUGCUAUGCUUAAUGCUGGUGAAUUGUUCUUCUUGCUUCGUCUUCGAAUGCCAAGCGGGCGACGGGCCGAAAAAGGGGUGGGCCGUG